AUGAAUUACUUCCGAAAGGUUUUGGGAGCUCCGCAAGGUGGUACAUUGCCAUCAAGUGCCGAUACGAUUGAAAGACUCUGUGAUAGAGUCCAGUCUUCUACCUUACUUGAAGAUCGAAGAGAUGCUGUUCGUGCCCUCAAGUCACUGUCAAAGAAAUAUGCCUUGGAAGUUGGAACUCAGGCAAUGGAUAUACUCAUUAAGGUAUUGGAGACUGAUAGGGGUGAUGCAGAAAUUAUUGGAUAUGCAGUGGAUACUUUAUGCAACAUAAUGUCCAAUGAGCCUUCAGAUGAUGAUUCUUUAUCUUUAAUUGAAGAUGAAGUUCCAAAUCACAUUCCAGAUGACCUUGGUGGUCAGUUCACAGAAAUUUUUAUUAAAAAUUCUGAAAAUGUUACAUUAUUAUUGUCAUUAUUGGAGGAAUAUGAUUUUCAUGUCCGAUGGCCCACUGUGAAAUUGCUAACCAUUUUAUUAACUAAUAAGAGCAAAGAAAUCCAAGAAAUAAUUUUGAUUAGUCCAAUGGGAGUGUCCAAGUUGAUGGAUCUGCUGUCUGACAGUCGAGAAAUUAUAAGAAAUGAGGCUCUCCUGUUGUUAAUCCAACUGACAAAAGGCAAUGCCAAUAUUCAGAAGAUUGUUGCCUUUGAAAAUGCAUUUGAAAGAUUACUUGAUAUCAUUAGAGAUGAGGGCAACAGUGAUGGAGGUAUUGUGGUGGAAGACUGCUUGUUACUGAUGUUGAAUCUGAUGAAAACCAACACUUCAAACCAGAACUUUUUUAAAGAAGGGAGCUACAUUCAAAAGCUGACUCCUUAUUUUGAUCUUGAAUCCUCUUCACAGUCUGCUGGCUGGUCAGCCCAGAAAGUUACCAACAUCCACCUUAUGUUUCAAUUAGUCCGGACUCUGGUAUCUCCCAACAACCCACUCAAUCAGACAGCAGCCUGCCAAAAGGUGAUGAAUUCUUGCAAUUUGUUGAAACGGUUAUGCACUAUAUUGAUGGCAAGUGGAGUACCUGCAGAUGUAUUGACUGAGACAAUCAACACUGUAUCUGAAAUCAUUCGUGGAAAUUUGUCUAAUCAGGAAUUUUUUGCCUCUGUGAUGGCACCAUCCAAUCCACCUAGACCUGCUAUUGUGGUGUUACUGAUGUCUAUGGUCAAUGAGAAGCAGCCCUUCGUCCUACGCUGUGCAGUUCUUUACUGCUUCCAGUCAUUUCUUUUUAAAAAUGAAGUUGGCCAAUCUCAAAUUGUGCAAACACUUCUGCCUACAACUGCUGAUGUGAAUACUAUCACAGCUGGACAGUUAUUGUGCGGUGGCCUUUUCAGUGGUGAUUCUCUCUCAAACUGGUUUGCAUCUGUGGCUCUGCUUCAUGCUAUAUUGGAAAACAACACACAAAGAGAACAGCUGUUGCGUGUACAGCUAGCCACAAGUCUAGGUAACCCUCCGGUGUCUUUGUUACAACAAUGCUGUAAUAUGCUUGCCCAGGGUGGAAAGUUGCAAACUCGUAUUGGAUUAUUGAUGUUGCUGUGUGGUUGGUUGUCUGAUUGUUCCAUUGCCGUCACACAUUUCCUCUGUAAUACAGCUAAUGUGCCUUAUCUGAUUGCACAAAUAUCAACCUCUGAAGGAGAUGAACAAGAGCAACUGGUGCAGGGAUUGUGUGCAUUUCUUUUGGGAAUCAGUGUACUUUUUAAUGAUGACCAGAAUGAAACUUUUAACAAAGCGUCAUUGUGUCAGAUCAUAGCAGACCGUAUUGGAAUGGAAACUUUCAUAGACAAAUUGUCCCAAGUUGUCAAACAUGAAAGUUACACAAAAGCUGCCAAGAAGCCACAUCUCAACUAUAAACACCCAAAUGAAGUGAUAUUUGAUUAUGAAUUUACUCGUUUGUUCAAAUCUCUGGAAAAUGAAGUGUUACAUGCUGUUUCCGUAUCUGAUGACAAAGGUAAAAGUAAAUCAGCUAGCGUUCAGGAACAUAGCAAUAUUGUAAUACAGUACAAAGAACUAAUACGAGAACAGGAUACUCAGCUGAAUGAAAUGAAAAAAGAGUUAAAGAAAUUACAAGCAAAAGACACUUCAUGUAAAGAGGAGAUGGAUGAAAUGAAACUGCAAAUUCAACAACUUAAAGACCAAAAUGCUGUUUUAAAGGCCCAAAAAGGUUCCUAUGGAUCCCAAACAGAUUCUAAAAAAGAGGAAGAAUUAUCUCAAAUGAAACAAGAACUUGAAAAUUUACAAUCAAAAUUAAAAGCUAAAGAUGACGAACUUCAAAAAGUAAAAGUAGAUUUGAUAGCAGCCCAAGCAGCUUGUGUCAAUCUGAAUGAGUUGUCUGGGGGAGAAGAGAAUAAAGAGAACUGCCCUACAGAGACAGCCCAUCUACAAACAAGCAUUCAACAAUUGACAGUAGAGAUGACAGAAUUGAGACACACUCUAGCAGAUAAAGAUGAACAAAUCCACACAGCACUCUCACAAAAAGAAGAAUUAGAGAAAUUACUGGAAUCUAAAAAGGCUGAAAGCAACACUGAGGCAGUGCCAUCUUCGGUGUCUGAAGAGCAGCUGGCCACCCUCACUGAACAAGUAAAGACAGUGCAGAGUGAGAAGACAGCUUUGCAAGCACGUUUAACAAAAUCAAAUGAUGAGAAUUUAAGACUUUUGGAUAAAAUAAAGAAACUUGAAGAGGAGAAAAAUAAUAUAAAUAUUGAGAAAGAAAAUAUUUUGGUUGACACAGAAACAUUGAAAAAAGAACAAGAAGAUCUCUUAGUGCUUUUAGCUGAUCAGGACUGUCGAAUUGACCAAUAUAAAAAGAAAUUGAAAGAGCUUGGGGAACUUGACAUUGAUGACGAUGAUGAUGAUGACGAUGAUGACGAAGUGGAAGAUUAUGAUGAAGAGGAUAAGGAUGAAUCCUGA